AUGUUCGGAGCAGCGCUCGAAAGUAAGGCGUGGCAGGAUCCUAGAACAUUGUGUCAGUCAAUCAAAGAAUCGCGUUCUCCCCGCUCUGAUACGUACAAAAAAGUUCAAGUGCUUUUUUGCCACGGUCGUUCUCGACACGGCUUGGUUGACACAAAUGAAUAUUAUCCAGUCGAGAUGGACAAAGCCUGGUGCAUGAAUGGUCUAUUCUUUACACAACCUCAUGAUAUCGCUCAGUUAGCGCUAACCUACAAAGCAUUCAAUAUUUGGAGCAAUAAAUAUUCACGUGCUUUACGAAAGCCCUUUUUAUUGGUAUAUGGAGCAGCAUAG